AUGGAGAAUUCAAACAACAUCACAGAGUUUGUCUUCGGGGGUCUACUCCUAAACCAAAAGGGGAAGGUAACUUGUUUCGUGCUGUUCUUACUCUGUUAUUUAGCCACCUUACUGGGCAACCUUCUUAUCCUCAUCACCAUCAGAAACAGCCAUCUUAGUCAGCAGCCUAUGUACGUUUUCCUCAGUUCCUUGUCCACCAUGGACCUCUGCCUCACCGCCACAGUUGCUCCUAAAAUGAUCGCGGGCCUAUUGCUGGAAAGAAAAACCAUCUCCCACAACUCCUGCAUGGUCCAACUCUUUGGCGCUCACUUCUUCAGCGAUGCAAAUAUAUUAAUCCUAGUGGCCAUGGCUUAUGAUAGCUACAUCGCCAUCUGCAAGCCUCUCCACUACCUGAUGGAUAUGAGCCGGCAGACUUGCCACACGUUGGUCUUGGCCUCCUUUGUAGGGGCAUUUGUGCAUUCGAUCGUGCAGAUUUUCAUCAUGGUGCAGCUACCAUUCUGUGGCCCCAAUCAGAUUGGUCACUAUUUCUGUGACGUGCUUCCUCUGCUGAAGCUCGUCUGUACCGAGACCUAUUUUGUCAACAUCUCAAUCAUUACCAGCACGGGUGUUCUGUCCCUACUAACUUUUUUUGACUUGAUCGUUUCCUAUCUCAUCAUUUUAUCAGUCCUGAGAAAACACUCCACAGAGGGUCGGCACAAAGCUCUCUCUACCUGUGGUUCGCACAUCACCGUGGUACUCAUGUUUUUCUUGCCACUCAUCUUGACUUAUAUUCUCUUGGGCGAUUCCGUCAGCGAGGAUAAAGUGUUUGCCCUCUUUUACACCAUCAUCGCCCCCAUGUUCAACCCCUUCAUCUACACAGUGAGAUACACCGAUAUGAAAAAUGCCAUGAGAAAGGUGUGGUCAUCACUGGGCAGUGACCAAGGAAAUUUCCUCAUCCUUAUCACCAUCAAAUGGAGCCCCCUCUUCAAGGAACCCAUGUACGUCUUCCUCUUCCACUUGUUCCUCAUGGACAUCUGCUAUACUUCCACAGUAACUCCCCAACUGGUCAGAGAUAUGAUGUCUGAGAAGAAAACCAUCUCUUUCGACCACUUUUUAGGCUUCUCUUAUGUCACCAUUUUAGCCAGUCUGAGGACCUGCUCUUCGGAAGGAUGUCUCAAAGCCCGCUCCAACUGUGUUUCCCGCAUCACGGUGGUGGCAUUGCUUUUCUUGCCCUCCAUCUUCACUUACCUCUGCCCAGCCCAGAUAUUCCAUGAGGAUAAGAUUGAUCACUAUUUGUGCAAUGUUUACACUCUCCUGGAACUGGCUUGCUCAUAUACCUACGUGACUGGAUUUUUAGUCCUCGUCAAUACAGGGACAGUUGUGUCGGUUUCUUUCGCAAUCUUGGUCUUCUCUUACAUCACCAUUUUAACCAGUCUAAGGACCCACUCUUUCGAAGGACGUCACAAAGCCCUCUCCACCUGCACUUCCCAUAUAACCGUGGUGGCAUUGUUUUUCUUGCCCUGCAACUUAAUUUACCUCCGGCCAGCCCAGACCUUCCCAGAAGAUAAGGUGUUUACUCUGUUUUACACAUAA